AACAUCAACAUUCUUUAUCGCCAUCAACAGAUUAACUCAUACUUACUACUUACGAUCGUCCUCUACCAUACAUCCGGCUCCAUUACUCAAAUACAACUUCCAAAAGAAAGAUUUCGCACAUUUGCCAAACGGCAGCCAAUCCGACAAGAUGGUUCUCGAAGCAGUAAUGGUUGUGGUGGAUAACAGUGAAAGCAGUCGAAAUGGAGAUUAUACACCAACACGUUAUGAAGCGCAAUCAGAUGCCGUUUCUGGAUUUUUCUACCAUCACUCAAGCCAAUCCAGAAUCUUCAGUUGGUUUAAUGUCCAUGGGGGGUAAAGGACCAGAGGUUCUUGUCACCUUAACAACUGAUCAUGGAAAGAUCUUGGAUGGAUUACAUCGUACUAAGACUAAGAUUCGUGGAUCUAGUCACUUAGCUACUGGUAUUCAAAUCGCUGGUUGGAUCAGUAAUGACUUACCAAUUCUAAAUGGGGAUGGAGCUACAGGAGGAGUUGGUAUGGGUGGAGCCGAAACAAGUGGUGAUGCAGGCGCAUUUGAAUUUGGUAUCGAUCCAAGCGUAGACCCAGAGUUGGCAUUAGCAUUGAGAAUGAGUAUGGAGGAUGAGAAAGCUCGGGUUGAGAAAAACGAGAAGGAUCGACUAGAGAAGGAAGCAGCGGAGCAGUCUGCAUUAGGAGAGAUUAAGGAAGAGGAUGAGGCAUCUGCACCUCUAUUGAAUAAGGACGGAGAAGCUAGUGGGAGUGGAGACAAGAAAGACGAUGAUAAAAUGGAUACGGCUUAGAUGAGGAGUUGAAGUACAUGGCGGGGAAAUGAAUGGAUGGAUUGCUAAUUGAAUGAAUGGUUGGGGCUGCAUGGCAAACUGGCGUUUGGUAUGUACCAAUAGAUAUCAUAUACAAUGGUAUUUGGCUCUUUUGCAACAAAUUACUUCUAGUU